GGGCUUGUGAUGUCGUUUGUUGUCCGUAUCAGGGGUCUUCCGUUCUCAGCGAAUGCGGAUGAUAUAAUCAGUUUUUUCAACGAUUGCAGGAUAAGAGGUGGAAAGCGUGGCAUAUAUUUUCCUCAAGGGUCUAAUGGCCGUUCUAAUGGAGAAGCUUUCAUCGAACUGGAAAGUAGAGAUGAUAAACAGAAAGCCAUGACUCAUCAUAAUGAACAUUUGGGUCGCCGUUAUAUUGAAGGUAACUUACGACUACCCAAUAAUCCGGAAAGUAUUUGACUCAUGCUCUGAGGAAUUGAAUAACGCUAUGGGAUGCAGACCUUUCAACUCGCCAAAUCGGAGGGAACAUGUUGUUAGGUUACGUGGUCUUCCGUACGAUACUGAGAAAAAGGAGAUAUAUGCCUUUUUUAACGGCCUGGAAAUAGCUCCCAACGGUAUCGGGUUAUUGGUGGAUCAUAUGGGUCGUUGCACGGGGGAAGCGUAUGUCCAAUUCACAUCUUCUGAAAGUCUAGCUCGGGCAAAGGAGAAACAUAUGGAGAAGAUAGGGCACAGGUGCAUAUUUUCGGGUUUGGAUGGGAGGUUUGGGUAUUAUUAUUAAUGUUUUACGUAAUGGUCCGUCGUAUGGGAUGCUUAAUAUUUAUUUGCUUAAGUCAACAACUUGUCAGUUAAUUGUCAUAGAAUUUAUUGUUCCAGGUGGUUCACUUCAUCACAGUUGUUCUUUUUUCAGAUAUAUUGAAAUAUUUGAAAGUACAAUGAUGGAGGCUAACACGACCAUACAGCGCCAAAUGGAAAUAAAUCAAAGCCGUGCUUCCAGUCGAGGACCGAUGUUCGGUCGAGGAAGUCGUGAUGGUCAUCCCGGUGGUACGGGUCAUCAUGGAGGUUCCCGAGGAGGAUAUGAUGCGCCCCCGUUUAGUCCAAACGGGUCAGGUCCAAACAGAGGUCCAGUUCCAGGAAGAUUUACGCCCUAUGGUCGACCACCACAUGUUUUCGGACACCCGGGAUACAGUUCUCCUCCCAGAGGCUUCGAAGGACCUUCUCCCUCAAAAGGAUCUAAUUUCGGGCCACUCGGACAUUACGAAUAUGAUGAUCCACAAAGUUUGACUGGGCAUUCUGUUCGUAUGAGAGGGUUGCCAUACUCAGCGACCAAAGAGGAUAUUAAUCGUUUCCUUUCUCCUUUACAACCAGUCAACAUUCGGAUAAAAUUCAAUGCGGCUAAUCGGCCCACCGGAGAGGCAGUUGUGGAUUUUGCCAGUCAUGAUGAAGCGAAGGAGGCAAUGAAGAAGGAUCGUGAAAAAAUUGGGCCUCGUUACAUCGAACUUUUCUUAGCAUCCACCCCUAAGGGAAUCUCUCCUUCGUCUCGCAUAAAUAACAAUGCACCAGUUCCUAGUCGUCGAUCUCCUCCUGUCCACAGUAGUAGAGGCCAUCAAGGGUCACAAUACGCCAACUUUCCUCCUCAACAAUAUGAAUAUGAUGAUAUAAAUUAUGCGGAAGAUGUAGGGUACAAUUCAGGUCCAAGUAGACCAGAUUUUAAUCAGCCAUAUGAUAGUUUUCACAACGGCACGAGUGUAAGAGGACCAAUCAGGCCUUCAGGAGAUGGUUAUUCAGACUACAGAUAUCGUCAAGGAAAUCACUAUUGAACAUGAGAUAUUAUUUUACAUGUACUUUACGACUAUACAAAAA